AGGAUAUAUAUGUAUAAGAUGAAAAGAAAUAAUCAUGGGACCUAUCUCAGCUCUUAUUAUCAAUUAUACUCCCCCCUUAUUAUUAUUCAAUAGGUGUAUAUAAGUUAUAAAUAAACAUUCUCUCAGGGGUGGUCCAGGCGUCACUUUGAUCCUUACCCUCAACAAAAGCUUGCCAAUUUUCCAGCGAUGCUUAUGCUAAAAUCCUGACUUCUUCUACCCUACUCCUUUCUUUUCUCCUUUUGCUUGUUCCACCAUUAUCACUACUUUAACAAGCUCAUACCCCAAAUUCUCAUCAUACCCACUCUACAGAAAGAUAAUCCAAUUAUAGCUGAAUUGGCUCUUCCAGUCUUCUAACUGUAUGGAGGCUCCUCCAAACAGUUUAAACCUUCCAAUGGAGAUUUCCCAGAGGCAGAGAUUAUCCCAUAGUGGUAACAAUAUUCUGUGUACAUAUCAAAUGACAGCAAACCGAUGGUCUGGGAAGAUAAACUGUCCUAACGAGCUCCCAAUGAAGAAGCUUACCAAUGAGGAAACAGGCAGAAGACCAAGCAAAGGGCUGAAUGCGCCUAGCGUAAUAGCCCGCUUGAUGGGAGUGGAUAUGUUACCUUUAUUAGAUUCAAAGCCAAUUGCAAGACAGAACAAUAUAGAAGCAAAAAUGAGCAGCCCUUCAAAAGAGGAAGAGGUGAGAGAUAUCCUUGUUGAUCCCUCCACUCUUAUCACGACCCGUUCUUGCAGAUUCGGUUCAUUUCAUGAUUAUGAUGAGUGUUGUGAUCCCAGCAUGGAGUUGGAGAAGCCAAAACCUCGUCGAGAACAUCCUCAGGAAGAAGAACUACAGAAGUUUAAGAAAGAAUUUGAGGCAUGGCAGGCUAAGAAAACCAACACAUUUUACCUCAAAAGUACUAAUUCAAAAAAGCAGUUCAAGAAACAUGAGACGUCCCCCGCAAAUAUUGUGGUUUUAAGGCCUUGUUUUGAUGACAUUGAAACCAUUUAUGGAUCCCGAGAAAGCACUCCAAGCAUUUCGGAGGAAAGAGGUAAUAGCAUGGAUGAUUUUCUUGAAGAGGUGAAUGCAAGAUUGAGGAAUGAAACAUCUCCUUAUAAUCAUGACCAUGAAAAACUGGAGUCAGAAGUCCCCACUAGGAGCCUCAUUCGCUCUUUGUCCACUCCCAUAUCAAGAACGUCAUUCGGAUGCCUUCUCUUGGAAGCAAGAGGGGAGCUAGACGGCAUUGAAAAGUUCACUUUGAGUGCUCAUCAGAACAAGAGAAAACAGAAGUUGAGUCUUUUGGAAAAAGUUUCGAGCUUCAAAACAAAACUUUUUAGUAAGAAACUUCAAUCAAGGGACGAAUCACACGGGACUAAGUAUUUUCGCAACGCAUCAGAAAUAUCGACUUCUUAUGACAUAAAUGAAGAUUACACAGAAGUUCCACCAAGUCCUGCAUCUGUAUGCAACAGUUUUGGUGAAGAAUUUUGGAGGCCAGGAGAUUAUUCCAGGACUUCCAGUCCAGCUUCCACCCCAGAUUUACAUCCACUGGUUGAGACUGACAUCCCUCGUGUGUUUAGAGAAAUCAACUCUAAUCUUAGCGAGUUGAGGAGGCAAUUGAAUGAGUUGGAAACGGGGGAGAACAUGAUUGAUGACCGGCCUCCUCUUGAGGAAGAAAUGGUGGAGAUUCAUGACACUGCCAAAGCUUAUUUAAGGGACCUGCUUAUUGCUUCUGGUCUCUAUGAUGGGGAUAAAUAUCCAUGGAGAUGGGACACGUUUGGGAAGCCCAUAAGCAAUCGCAUUUUUGAAGGAGUUGAAGAGUCUUAUGGGAAAAAGGCUGAGGGAAGCGAAGGGGAGAGGCUGAAUCACAAGAUGCUUUGUGAUUUAUUCAAUGAAACAGUUCUAAACUUGCUUCGGGCACCUUCUAAAGAGGCUAUUUGUCCAGUGUCCUAUCCUCCCCAGGGAAGGAAGUUACUGGAUUGUGUUUGGGAAAUGACUCAAACUCACAUUUAUCCUGGGGAAGAUCUGUCUUAUUGUUCCAUUGAUGGUAUAGUGUCAUACAACUUAAGGUCCACCCCAUGGUCAAGUGACGAAGAUGCGAACGCUAUAGGCAAAGAUGUUGAGUACCAUAUAACUAGAGAUCUGAUUCAAGAGAUUAUAGAAGAUAUGCAACCAUUGUCUUGAAAGGAAAAAUGGUUUGAGUCAGGAGCAUUUUGAGUAAGGCUAUGUUUGGAAAGUACUCAUCAGCUUAUUCGUUUUAUUCUUCAUGCUAUUCAGCAGAAGAAGCAGAAUGUAUAGUCAAAACAAGUAAAAUCACUCACUUAUUCGGCAACCAAGCAUUUUUUCUUUCUUGCCAAACAGACCCUAAGUUUGGAAGUGGUGAUUUGCCUCAAGCAUGGAUUACAAGUAGACUGCAGGGGCACAAGGUUCUAUACGAUAAAACCAUAGGUUUUUUUCUUUCUAAAUUUUUGUUUCCAAUUAUAUUUGGUGUGGCAUCAUCAUUGUAUAUGUGCUGACUCUAUUAAUUGAUUCAGUUUGAGAAUAUGUAAAUCCUAUCUUUAGUUUAGCAGUUUAGAUUGGUUCAUAACUUACAUUUGUUCUAGCGGAGACUCAUUCCUUUAAAUGCAUGACAUAAUCUAAUAAUAAUAUGAGUUUUUUUUAUCACUAUAACAUGCAAUAUAAUAUGUAUUCAUAUUUUUUUUGGGAAGGAGAGAAAACGUGAUGAAAAAAUAUUUGUUCAUCCUAAGUAUAUUUAUUUCUUGGGAAAAGUACAAAAAAAGUACUUGUGGUUGAGCCCAUUUUCAGAUAGGGUCAUGUGUUUCAUUCUUUAUCAAAGUGGUUCAUGAGUUUGAAUUCCUUUAUCACAAGAGGGUCACGCCGCUAAAAUCGUCUGAAAAAGAUCAUUAAAAGUAACUCCGAUUUGCAAAAAUGUCCGAAAAAUUAAAAGAAAAAUAGCGGAAGAUGCGCCUCAAUAAGAUGAUCACUAGGUCAUCUUUCUUUUUUGUUUUCAGCCACCCUUAUAACCGAAAAGUCCAUCGGAAAAGUGAUAUUAGCAAAAUCAUUUUUAAAAAUUAAUUCAAAAGAUCUGAAAAAUCCAAAGGCGAAGGUGGUUUGGAGGUCAUCUUGAAAGUGGUAUUUUUCUUUUAAUUUUUCGGGCACUUUGGAAAAUCGGAGUUACUUUUAACGGUCUUUUUCAUACGUUUGUAACGGUGUGACCCUCUUGUGAUAACGUAAUUCAAACACAUGAACUACUUUGAUAAAGUAUGAAACACAUGACCCUAUCUGAAAACUAGUCUUACCACUAGUACAUUUUCCGUACUUCCCUUAUUUCUUUUAUAGUGGUUCUAGCUCAUUUAACUAAUCUAUUUCUAUGAUAAAAACUAAAAAUCUAAACAUAUCUCAAUCUUUUAAACUUUUUUUGCCUUCACGUACCAUGUUCUGCAUUCCAAACACAGCCUUAUGGUGAACUUCACUGAUUCUUUUUAGCUUGAGAAGUGAAACUGGAUCUUCGAUCCAUACUAGUAGUUCUAACAACGAAAAGAAGUGUUUCAACCAACAUGCCCACAACCAAUCCGAGGAUACCACCAGCAGCACUCAUGGCUGGACUGUGACUAAACAAUGCCCAGAAAGCAGCAUAUCCAACCAGAAAGCCGGUGAACAUAAUAAGCACAACGUGCAAGCCGAAUCCCAAUUGAACCUUGUAAGAAGAGAAAGGCUGUUCCACUUUCUUCUUGGGGGUUAUGUCCUUGACCAAUUCCUCAUAGGCUUUCCUCUCGGAUGCCUCCACAAGCUUUCUUAGCCGAGCCUUCAGCUCCUUGCUUUUUUCUCUUGGCUUGGGGCUAGAGAACAUGAAAUCGGUUCCACAUAGAAGGGAGAGGAGUUCGGGUCUUUUUGUCGGGUUCGAUCCCAUCCAUACGGAUCGAAGAGCUUUGUAAAGAAUGGAGACUAACAGAGAGAGUGAGGCAGCAAGGUCUCUCAGAUCUUCAUCGAGGUGAGAGUCCUGCGUUGAAGCGACGAGAAAUGAACGAAUUGCAUCCGUCGCUGGUAUCACAAGGCCGCUGUCUACGGCUGCACAGGCGGAGCACGGGGAAAUCGCGCUUCUUUGGUCAGUGUGCAUGCUGUAUUGUUCUUGGGCCUUCAAAAUGGGCUACCGUCUGCAUCGGCACUUCGGUGCUCAGUGGUCGAUGUUGUCGCGCCGGUCGGUACCCAUGGAAGUCAUCGACAAGAGAAGGUGAUUAGGAGUUCUGAUGAGAUGCGAAAUUAAGAUUUGCGGCAAUUGCCGAUUGAUAACCGAUUUGCCUCAACUGCCUGUUUCUUACUUUUAGUGUUCAAUAGCUUCAAACCUUGCUCCAGGGUUGGAGACUUUUCCAGUUAAUAAUAUGUAUUCAUAAUAGAACUAAGAUUUGUAAAUAUAGGCUCUUCACUGACACUGUUUUUCGGCUUAUCAUGCUUAUCAGUCAGCUUUUUCAUCAAAUACGUAAUUUUUGCUUCCGUGCGUAAAAUUGUGUAAUAAGCAGAAAAAAAUAUGGUUGAAGUUACUUUUCUG